CAGAGUCCAAACCAAGCUUCUUCUCCUCCUCUCCUCUGCCUGGUUUGUAAUCCUGAGAUCUGAUUGGUCGGCUGGUGAGAGGCGAGGAAACCAAUCAGUGCGUCUCCUGCAGUCUGUUUAACGCCACGGGACACCGUGUUUUGUUUUUAAUUAUCAGGCUGGUGUUUAAAACGUGUCUGAACCCAAACCCUGGGCACAAACAGCACCGGAGCAUCUGCAGAACCGCUGCAGAACAACUCCAGAACCGCAGGGCCAGGUCUUCAGGUACAGAGGCAGGAGUCAAAAGCUGAAAAAUGGCUCAUCUGAGAAGAUCAUCCUUCUCUCACCUGUGGACGGGAUUUGUGUUGACUACAGUAAUAUUCGCAGAGUUGCUCCUGGCUGUUCCACUGACCCGGCCCUCCACUGAACACGAGAAGAUCCAUGCCCAGCUCUCUUCUAAGAGGCUCAGUCGCAAUCGAAGGAACAUUAGCUGGUACAAACAACACUCUGACUUCUGGAACUGGUACAAAUUUUUCACAGACUCAGGAAACCAGCAAGGAGUUGCAGACCUGGAUCGUUUAUAUCUGACGUACCUGCAGGACAAGAACCGUGCCGAAUCUCAACGCUCCUACAAGCUCUACCUCCAGCAUCUGGGUGAGAUCUACAAGUCAUGUGCUGAGUCUGAUGAUCAAAACUGUGUGGCUUCAUACCUUAGCAGGCCCAAAGCUAAGGCUGAGCCACAGAGACCAGCACCAGUUAGGUCCUGUGAUCCUUUGCGGGACCCACAAUGUCUCUAUGCUCUGGGAUACAGAGCUUAUCCGUAUGUGGCCUCUGCAAAGUCGCCAGCUCCUGCUCCUCCUCCUGCUCCUGCACCAGUUAAAACUCCGGCCUUCAUCCGAGCCCCUGUGGUGAAGGACCCAAGUUCUAGCCAGUACUAUUAUGCCCCCAUGGCACAGCCCUUACUGUCUGCUGAGCAGAAAGCUGAGCUGUUGCGUAUUUGUGGUGCUGAAGAUGUUGAGUGUCUGCAGUACCACUACCGUGGUGCUUAUGGUUACAGACCUGCUGGCAUCCCAUCUCCAUCCUACACUCAUCUAGGCUCUUCCUCGCAGAAAGUUCAGAAUGCCCCAGCCAGCUUGUACCAUCGCCAUACCAGCUGCGACCCCCGCGUCGACCCGUAUUGUGCUUAUGCUGCUCAGAAAUCAGAGGCACCGUCUUCUCCAGCUGCCCUCGAGAGGUUCUGCAACCCGCUAUAUGAAGACAAUUGCAACCCACUGACGGCUACCAAGACGGCUCAACCAGAAGAUCCCAAAGAUGAUCCAGCUUCUGUUGCAGGCACUAUGCAGGAGCUGCAAAAACCCCAGUAUGAUCCCUAUAGCAUGUUCCGGGAUGCUGCUGCAGCUUCUUCUGCCAUGCGCAGGCUUCCAUCUGCUCCACGCCAAAUUCCACAUCACCCCCAGCCUCCUAAUAUGGAGGAGAACACCGAAUCAUUUGGACCUCCUGGAAAGACCAAGGAGGGCUAUGAUUGCUUUAUUGGCUACGACGAAGAGUGCUACCCAGUCGGAACGCAGAAUGCCCCCAAAAUAGUGCCGCAAAGGCAGGUUCCACAUUCAAUGGACAACUACGAGCCUCACCUUAAUGCAGAAGGCAUCAGAAAGGGCGUGAUUGAACCUGAUCCUCACUGCGACCCAGAGUAUGACAGAAAUUGCCGUCUGCGUCGCUUAGAGCCUGAAGCUGAGGAGCCAGAAAGUUACUUUUCCCGCAAGGAUGAUCGUGAGCACCAGGAACCCAGAGAGGAAACUUUUCCACAUGAGGAUCAGAGAGAGGAGGUCUACCCUGAGCAGCAGCAGUAUGACCGCUACAUGAGCGGCCAGGAGGAUCCCUACGCCUCCUACGAUCAGCCAAAUCCAGGUUCCAUCAACUUCCAGGACAUCCUGAAGGCAUAUGCAGGUCGCUUCCCAAACCAGGAGCAUCAUCGUGCCUACACGGGAGACUACAAGAAGAAGUAAUAAGAUAAUAAGCUUAACAAAUAAUGAUUAAGGAAACAGGACAGUGUGAGGGCUGUGAAUGAUGUUCACUGAUUGAAAUAUUCACACCAGAUGUAAAAAUCUUACAAAUACAAAAAUUCUGAUCUUUUCAAGUGUGAAAAGUGUCGAGUGUGUGUAUAGGAUUUCAGUUUUUUUCCUCUUAGAACCUUAGGAAUCUUUUUUAUUAGUGUAACUUGGUCUCAUGGUAAUGAUCAGUGCAAUUGGUUUAGAUGUUUUAGAGAAUAUUUCUGGUGCAACUUAUAAUGAAUCAUUCUUUUAAACAUCACUUGAUGUAUUGAUAAAAUAUUUUUUGGUAUUUUUUCAUCUUUACCUUUUACUUUAAAAAUUAAUGAUGUCUACCUAGAAAAAUAUUUAAUAUUUAAUCCUUUCUAAAAUGGUGCUUUUUUUACUCUCAUUAAAUAAACUUUUAAUGUGUUCAUAUGAAAGCAUUUUUCUUUGAAUGUCUUAAAAACUUUUAAA